AUGGCUGAACCAUCGAAUCCACACAAUGUGGAGGGUGAAAACCCUGAACAGCCGAUAGUGGCUGAGGAAGAAGACGAGGAUGAUGAUGUUAAUGUUCCCGGUGGUGGGUUACCGGUGUUAAAGUGGACAAAAGGUAGUUUUAAAACCCUGAUGGCCACUGUUCAGAUGGCCAAAGACUGGAAUGCUACUUACCCACAAGUGGGGGACACCGGUGCCGAUGCUCCGGCCGGUUAUAUAACCUUGUGGGCGGAUUUUUUCACCCACGGUAACCUUAGGUUGCCGGUGACGGUGUUUGUGGCGGAGGUAUUGGAGUAUUAUCACCUCCAUAUCUCCCAGCUUAGCCCUUUCGGAAUGUUCCGAAUUCGGAAUUUUGAGUACACAUUCCGUGCCCAUGGCCUGCCCAUUUCAGUGGAGAAUUUCCGGCGUUUCUACCAGUUGACGGUGAACACCGGUUUUUUCUCGUUCACUCAAAGGCAUGGGAGUCUGAAGUUGAUGACACCCCCUAAGGGUGUGACAGGCUGGAAGAAGAGGUUCUUCUACGUGAAAGCCUGUGCGGUCUAUGCUAACAUGUCUUUCAGGAACGUCGAUGUUGGAGUUUCCGAUGAAGAUAUUCCUGUUGCUUCCGCAAAGACCGCGGACUGGUUCUCUAGGCUGCGGCCUAUUGAACUCAAGAAGUUGGAUAAUGACCAACUAUGGAUAUUGCGGAUGAUGCUCUCUAGACCGGAUAGGAAGGAAAGACCCGUGUUGCGGGAACAGGGUGGUGCGGAUGCGGUUGGCUUGUGGAGGAUGUUUGAGCCUGAUUUCAAGGGCCAGGUUGAACUGAUCGCGGUUGAGCUGAAGCAAGGUUUCAACCUUGAAAUUCUGAAGAACUUCCGCGUACCAUCAAAAGCGGUGCUGGAAGCCCCGGUUCCGGGAGACGCAAGAGGUGUCCUUGCGGAUUUGGGGAAGUUUGAGAAACGCGUCCCCAAAAAGACUGUGGAGAAGAAAACGGUAAAAAAGACCGUGCGGGGUCAUGGUAAGGGGAGUGUUGAAGGCUCAGCUGCCCCUUCUUCUGUUUUCGAAGCCGCAGGUACCUAUCAAUCUUGUUCUCGGAGAUAUACCGAUUACGUCGUAGUGUCUGACACCCUUGAGGGUUUGGGUGUUAUAGGUAGUGGUGCGGCCGCGGGUGGAACUGGUGUGGUUCCCCCCGUUGUUGGAGAGAAAAGGGGGCCAGAGCAGAAAGCUGCUGGUGGUGGUGAACCGAAGAGGCGGAGACUGUCGACCAGGAGAGUUGCUCCGGUGCAGAAGAAACCUGCAGUUGCUGCUGAAUCCCGAGAUGCGGGGUAUUCUUUUGUUGACAUCCCUGCGUCUCCUCCGCACACCGCUGCCGCGGGUGCGGGUGUUUUGAAGGAGAAGGUCGCGCCUAAGGAGCCUGCGGCCCCUUUUGCUGGGCCAGUUCGUGAUCCCCCUUUGGAGAAGACAGUGGAGGCGACUGCUGACCGGAUUUUUGACACUGUGGACUCCUCGGACAAUCUGAUCUCUCCUGAUGAGGGUGACGGAUUGAACUUGAGGUUUGCAGAUGCCGGUAAGCAGAAGUCUGAUGCUGAGGUGCGGCAGCAGGAUGCUGAGCCGCAGAAGUCUCCUGCUGGGGAGAAAGGUAGCGGCUCGUCUGCCGGUGGUGCGGGUUAUGACGGGCCUCCAAUUCAGCCUGGAGAGUCUGAAUUGGAGUAUUAUUACCGCACCUACUCCCCGGGUCGCAGUAUGGUGUACCACCGACCCCCCUGGACUGUUAUGCAGGGGGAUGAUAUUUCUAACGACCCUGCGGCAUGUAGGGAGAUUUUGGGUGGUCUGGGGACCCCGUUUGAAGUCGAGCGUGCCCGUGCCGCGCCCCGAGAGCUGCGUAUUAACCAGCUUUCAUCGAUGCUGGUGGGGACUUCCAUUGUGGCUAAUGCCAUUUUGGAAGAUUAUAAGGUGCUGGGCCGCCGCGAGGAGGAGGCUGCUCGUAUGCGGGCGGAAGUUGAGAAGUUGAUCGAGGCUGCUCGUGCGGGCUGA